AUGUCUUCCUCAUCGCUCUUUAUACUCGCAGCCCUCGCCUCCACAUCAUAUGCUCAAUCUAGUGCACCCUUUGCUGCGAGCACAACAACUACCAUCCCGUUUCCCAGCGCUACUCUUGCCAACUCGGACACGCAGAGCUUCAUUCAGUCUAAUUGGGGCCUGUCCAAGGGCACAAUUCAGAACGGCGCAAACAAUACCGCCUUCGUUUCAGACCCGUUCCCGGAUAAUCCUGCCCCGAGAAUCUCGAGUAACACGACCGGCCCAGUCCUGCAAGUGACCUACCCCGAGGGCUCAUUUAGCGACGACAACUCGGGAGGAACGCAGUUCUACGCUUUAUGGAACACGAGCGGCGAUCCGUUCGAAAGCAUGAUGCUUUCAUACGAAGUCGCCUUUGACGACAACUUCGAUUGGAACAAGGGCGGAAAGCUCCCCGGCCUCCGCGGUGGUGCGCCGAACGGCUGCUCGGGCGGCAACCAGGCGGACGGCGAGAGCUGUUUCAGCACGCGGAUGAUGUGGAGGAAGAACGCCGCCGGGGAGAUCUACGCGUACAUACCGCGAGACAACGAUAUUUGUGACGCGUCGGGCGUACUCUGCAAUGACGAGUUUGGCGCCUCCAUCGGGAGAGGCGACUUCUCGUUCGCUAGCGGCCAAUGGAACAAAGUCUCGCUCGCUAUCCAGCUCAACAACCCCGUCGACACCGCCAACGGACGUGCACAAGUCUACUACAAUGACAUCCUGCUCAUCGACCGGUCCGACCUCGUCUUCCGCACCAACGACAACCUUACAGCAAACGGGAUGUACUUCUCGACGUUCUUUGGCGGGAACGACGCGAGUUGGGCACCUGACGCCGAUACGCACACUUACUUCCGCAACAUCGAGCUGUGGGCAGGAACGAGCCCGAGCAAUGCGACGGGCGCCAAGAUCAGUAACGCUGCGGCGGGAUUAAGGAAGGCGGGCGGCGGGAGCCCGGUGUGGUCUUGGCUCUGGUUGGGGUGUGCUGCGCUCGGAGCACUCAUGUUCUGA